AUUGAUGUCACGCUUUGUUUCUGAGGCACUAUGGGAUACAGAAGGAAUGACGGAAAACAAACUCGAAACCAUUUCAAAAUUUCUUUCUGUUCAACCAAACAGUCCAAAGGGCUGACAGAGACAUGAAAUAAGAUCCAAUAUAAUCAAAUGACACAAAACCUUGCAUAAACCAGCUUAUAGACAAAUGCCAAACCUGAUGUAUAAAUGACGCAGUGUCUAUAAAUUAUGCAUAAACCAAUUAAAGUUUUUAAAAGAUGACUUUGUAUCCCAGUAUUUUCUUGAUGACAAGUGUUUACGUUGUCAAGCUUGUGACUGUUCUAUUUUAUCAAAAGAAGGGAUGUAUGCUCCAUACCUUUCCGGUUCUCUUGUGUUUACAAUGUAAAGCUGACGCCUGUCACUAUUAUGAUUGGUCUUAACUCCUUUGACAGGCCUUCCGCAAAGACAACAAAAAUACAGGAAUGCUUGCUCCAAACAGCUCAUACUAGCUUGCACUGAGAGGGGAAAGCACAUGCUGUGACCAGUGUAUCAGUCGGACACAAACUACAACCGUUAAAGUAGUAGCAAAAUGUAGUUAGGUAUGACUGAAUUGUUAAGAAAUGUGCAGGAAUUCUUCUAGAGGAAACGGAUCAUGACUACAGCGAUGGAUUGCCGAAGAAGAAUAUUGCUCCUUUUACUCGCAGUGGUCUCUCAGAUACUCCGGAAUGCAUCAGGAUCGGCGAUCUGCCCUAGCGGCUACACCAGCCAUGGCACAAUGUGCUACAAGGCCUUCUCGACAGCAGCCAACUUUCACAGUGCUCGGCAGACGUGCGCGGGAGAAAGCGCGUUGUUGGCCAUGCCGCGUGAUACCGAAACCAACAACUUCCUCAUGUCGUUUGUCUCCGCCGGCUACCAAUGGAUUGGCCUGAGUGAUGAAGCUACUGAGGGUAGAUGGGUUUGGGAGGAUGGAGCUGUACAUGACCUGGAGGAUAACGAUUACAACAACUGGGGUAACGACGAACCCAAUGGUGGCACCCAUGAAAGCUGUGGCAGUUUGAGGAGAUCCCAGAAUGACUGGAAUGAUGCAGGGUGUUCCACCUCCUACCAGUUUGCAUGUGAAACAGAUGCAGAUGAGUGUGCAGUUGCCAAUGGAAACUGCCGAGCCCUGCAGGUCUGUGUGAACAGUGUGGGCAGCUUCAGCUGUGUCUGUAAUGAGGGCUAUAUGCUGAAUAGCACCACCCUGGAAUGUGAUGACAUCAACGAAUGUGCAUCGUCCAAUGGAGGCUGUGAACAGAUCUGCACCAACAGUGAUGGUGGUUACCAGUGUUCCUGUGCAGAUCAAUUUGUUCUGAAUGAAAGCGAGCAGGGCUGCGAUGUUUGCCGCAAUCCACUUGGAAUGGAAUCCGGCGCCAUACCUGAUAGCAGCAUCACUGCGUCCUCCACCUGGCGUGUAUCCCAUGAACCUUACCGUGCUCGCCUGAACGGUGUUGCUGGUGUAGGUGCCUGGGCAGCUCGGCUCAACGCCGCCGGUCAGUGGUUACAGGUGGACCUGGGAGAAGUUCUGCGUGUUACUGGCACUGUUACUCAAGGUAGACACAAUAACGGCCAGUGGGUGAUGUCAUUUAAACUGGAGUACAGCACAGACGGGACUACAAUGACAACCUGUACUGGGAAAGAUGGCUCUGAAAAGAUCUUUCCAGGCAACACUGACUAUAAUACCCCAGUUACCCACCUACUGGACUAUCCCAUCGAUGCCCGCUAUGUGCGUUUCCAUAUUCUACAAUGGUGGGCACAUAUCAGCAUGAGGGUAGAGAUUCUGGGCUGCAAUGUGAAUCAACUGGCUUGCCUCGAUGGCUACUCCUUGCAUGGCCUAACCUGCUACAAGGCCUUUGAUCAAUUGUCUAACUACAACGAUGCACAGGAAGCUUGUGUGACAGACGGUGGGAUGCUGGCCAUGCCGAAGGACGACGCUACAAACAGCUUCUUGUAUUCUUUGGCCACAAGCGGCUCUUACUGGAUCGGCCUGAAUGACAUAGAAAACGAGGGGCAGUUCCGUUGGGAGGAUGGGGGCUCGCUAGGGGGUGGUGACAUGAUCGGCCUGCUGGGUGACAUCUCAGUCCAGGGCGAGUUCCUUUCGGAGGGUGAGGGCUUAGGUGGUGACUUCAACAACUGGAUACCAGGUGAACCGAGCGGCAGCCAUGCUGAUGAAGAUUGCGCUCGUUUUCGGGAUGGCGUGUCCCUCUGGGGGGACAGUCGAUGCUCCGACAGCUAUAAUUACUUCUGCCAAACAAAACCAGAUACCGAUGAAUGCGCAUCAUCCAAUGGAGGCUGUGAACACAUCUGCACCAACCGUGCCGGUGGUUACCAGUGUUCCUGUACAGAGGGAUAUGCUGUCAAUCCUGAUGAUGAUCGUAAUUGCGAUGAUAUUGAUGAAUGUGAGACGGCAAAUGGAGGGUGUGCACAGACAUGUGCCAACACUGACGGAGGCUUCAACUGUGCCUGUGGAUCUGGGUACACACUGGGUUCUGAUGGUCUCAGCUGUCAUGAUAUCAAUGAAUGUGAGACAACAAAUGGAGGCUGUGCACAGACAUGUGCCAACACUGACGGAGGCUUCAACUGUGCCUGUGGAUCUGGGUACACACUGGGUUCUGAUGGUCUCAGCUGUCAUGACAUCGAUGAAUGUGAGACGUUGAAUGGAGGAUGUGACCAGACAUGUCAGAAUACUGACGGAGGGUUUCAGUGUUCCUGUGCAAAUGGGUACACCUUGGGUUCGGAUGGUCUCGAUUGUGAAGAUAUCGAUGAGUGUGCAUCAACCAAUGGAGGCUGUGAACAGAUCUGCACUAACUGGGCAGGUGGCUUCAACUGCUCCUGCAAUGAGGGAUACAUCGUGAACCCUGACAAUGACCAGGGCUGCAAUGACAUCAAUGAAUGUGAGACAUCAAAUGGAGGGUGUGCACAGACAUGUGAGAAUGCUGCAGGAAGCUUCAACUGUUCCUGUGGAUUGGGGUACAUCUUGGGUCCUGAGGGUCUCGAUUGUCAUGCCGAGUGUCUCAGUCUAGAUGAUGAUGAUGAUGAUGGUGAUGAUGAUGAUGAUGAUGAUGAUGAUGAUGUUGGUACUGUGAGUAUUACAUCUGUGGGUGAUUAUGACCCUGCCCUGAUCAGCCCAGCAUCCUGUCAGGAGAGAUGUGGACUACAAGGGGAGCUGUUUGCUCUUCUAACAGCUGGUAACACUUGUCUGUGUGCUAAUGAGUCAGUGCUGUCCCUCCCACGUGGUGACAAUUGUCACACAUCAUGCAUUGGGCAACCUGACCUCCCCUGUGGUGGAGUGGGACUGGCCUCCGUGUACGGUCUAAUGCCGACAGAUGUCAGCCUUCACUUUGGGAACUCCACUUACAUGGUCAAGGUUAGGGCAGAGACAGUUGUUCUGGUCCGGGUUCCUGAUCUAAUGGCGGAACUGGAUUGUGAUUCAGUUGUACACGUUGGCCACAACGGAACAUGUACACUCAUGGCAAAUUGGGGAACCAGCCUGAAUGUUACGGUGCAGCUAGACCCUGGCCAUGCAAACUUGGCCUUAGCAGAUGCAGCAUUAACUACGGUUGGUCUUGCUGCACCCAACAAUGUCCAGAUGAAUUCUACCAACGAUGAUCAGCAAAGAUGGAAUGUGGGCACAUUUGUCAUACCAGCAAGUCAGUUCUCUGUGUCAGGCAACAUCUUAGCUUGGGAGUUCCAUGCAAGAAGGACUGGUACCAUUGAGCUUCUUGUAUACUCUCCAGACUGUGCCAGAUCCGGUCACAGGAAUAGAGGAUCCAGGGGUGACAGUUGUGAUCUCCCUGAUGACUAUGGCUGUAGGUUCACUACAGACCAACUCUGUCCUACAUGUGGCUCUGUAGGGUCAAUAUGCAAUCCAGCAGCACAGGAAGCUUCUGGGGUCCACAAAGUAGAAGAAGACAUCACGGUGGCACCUGGUGAUAUGAUAGGAUUCAGACUGACUGCAGAUGGUGGACAGCUGUCAUUCAUACCGUCUGAGUAUCCAGAGUUCUUGAUAAACAGUGGAGAUGGCACAAGCAGGAGCACUGUUAACGUGAAUCACCAUGUCCGGGCCAUCACAUAUACUUCCACAGUGGCAAGACUGCAGAACAACUUUACCAAACGAGGUCUGUACAACAUCACAGCUGAUCUGAAAGGUGAUAACAACGUGGAGAACGAAAUGUUUUUAUGGAAAGUCAUCAGAGUAGCCGGGGACUGGACAGUGGAGGUCCACCACAAGGAAGCUGCAGCUGUGAAUACACCUGUGAUGUUUUACGCAAGUGUUAAUACAGAGAGCAAAACAGACCCCAACUUUUCCUUGCUGAUUGAUGGAGAAACAUUCUACAAUAUCAUCAACACAAGUGCCAUGUUUACCCAUACUUUCACCAGUAUUGGACUAUAUCAAAUCACUGUCAUUGUGGCAGAUGAUGCUGGGAACACCACCAAUACGUCACAACUUAUCAUACAGGAGCCAGUGUCCAACCUCCGCCUGUCCGGUAGAACAGAUAUACCAUUGAACGUGGCUGUGGGGUUCAAUGUCACGGCUUACAGUGGCUCUGACCUCAGCUGCCUUCUGGACUUCGGUGAUGGUUCUACGGACACUAUUGGCAUUCAUGAGGUUCUAUUGGUCCAAGUUGACCACAGUUUUGACCAACCAGGCAACUUUGAAAUGAACAUCACGUGCAGUAACAACAUCAGUAGUGCUAACACCACAUUGUUGGUUGAUGUGCAGCUACCAGCUGCCAGGUUUUAG